AUGAAGGACAUCACAAGAGGGAGAGGUGGAGGGGGAACAAGGGGAGGGGGAGCAGGUGGAGGAGGAGCAGGGAGGAGGGGAGCAGGUGGAGGAGGGGGAGCAGGUGGAGGAGGGGAGCAGGGAGAGGAGGGGGAGCAGGGAGAGGAGGGGGAGCAGGUGGAGGAGGAGCAGGGAGGAGGGGAGCAGGUGGAGGAGGGGGAGCAGGCCCCUAGCUCUAGAGACAAACUUGCUGGUAUCGGCGGGAACGAGGCUUGGGCCUCCUGUCCUCCCGCGGUCGGGGCGUCCCGGCUCGCGGCCUGCGCGCGGCGCCCGAGUGGAGGGUCCCGCCCCCGCGCCCCACGUGCCUCCCAGGCGCCCGGAGGCCAACGGUCCCCCAGCCGCGGGCACUGCAGCUCGGGCCGAGCCCGCAGACCUCGGGAGCGUCCGGAGGGCGAACCCCCGCUGCAAGGCCCGCGGGCGGCUCCCAUGAGCUGCUCCCCCGGCAGGCCCCGGCCCGCGCCGUCCCCCCGGGGUCGCCGGAGCCCGCGGCCACCGCCGUCCCGGACUCCGGGCCCCGUUCAGUACGUCCAGUGGGGGCGACCGGCACGCAGCACCCGCCUCCCCGAGCUGCGGCCCCGCCGGGACCCCGCCAAGCCCCAGCGGGGGAUCCCCGAGGCCUACAGCCGCCCGGCCGGGCCCGGGGACACCGUCCCGGGGCGAGAGCCCUUCUGCGCGGGGGAGGACGGCACGAAGCGGGGGCCGUGGCGAGCCGCGAACCCAGGAAGCACCUGGAGCCCGGUGACCGUCAGGACCGCCCCUCCCGAGCACCCGGAGAGCCCCUGGGGGUCCCCAGGACAGCGAGCCCGCCCCGCAGGCCACCCCGCCGCGCAGGGGCUCGCCGGCCCCCGCACCCCGGAGACCCCGCCGGCGGCGCUCAGCCCGGGCCGCACGGGGCGCGCCACGAUGCGCGGGCCGCUGGGGGUGCAGGGCGCAGACAGCGCGGGUGGCAGGCGGAACCCGCAGCCCCGGCCCUCCGCCUUCACGCCCCUGACCAAAAACGGGGCGGCUGCCGCCUUCGUGCCCAGGCCCGGGCCUCUGAAGCCGAGCCUCGGCUCCUGGAGCCUCGGGGUCGUUGAGGACGCGCGGCCGUUCGUGCUGGUGCAGCCCGCGCCGGCCGCGGUGUGGGCGCUCUGGGAGGCCAGGCCGCCUUCCUGCGGCAGCUGCGGCACGGUCCCCUUCGCCCUGCAGGACGCGCGGUCCGCCGGCCCCUUCGGCUCCUAAGAAUCCGGGCCCUGCCCCCCACCUCCUGGGACUCAGGACCUGCUCGUCCUUGCUGUACCCCGACAUGGGACCCUGACCCCACGUUAUCGAGCAUCCAGCCCCUGCCCCGUCUGCAUACCCCGUCUUCCCUUGGCGCUCCCUGCCACCCCAGCAGCUCUGCCCUGCUGGCCCGCUCCUCCCUGCCCUUCUUCCUGCCCUUGCUCUGAAAAGAGGCCUUUCGGGAAGGCUUGCUUUUUUCCUCCAUGCCUUCUAGUUUGUAUUGUUAGAUUG